AGGAACACUCCAACUGUGGGAUGAAAAAUGUUUAAACAAGAACUAUUUUUACUGGUGUGGGUGUGUGGGGCCUUGGCAGCGUUAGACGGGUAUAGCCCGCAGCAAGAUCCCGACCAGUUCCACAUACAAACAGACGAGGACGAUGAACGGUAUUUUCUCUACCAAACUCAUAAUGGACAGUAUCGGAAAGAGAGAAGACUCAAAGAUGGAUCCGUCGUUGGUACAACAGGAUGGGUAGGCGCCGACGGAUACCUGCGUCUCCAGGACUAUAUAGCGGAUCAUGAAGGCUACCGAAUUUACAAGUCCAAAACAGUUUAUGUUGGUCAAAAUAGACCGAUAGGAGAAUCCUUGAAAAUUGCUAAAACGGCCCCUACAGACUCUGGUUACGGCGUGACACCAGCAUCUUCAUUAAAUCAAGCACGUGUACCACCUCGUGUCAGUUCUACCACGCCAGUACCUUUCCAACUUUCAUCCACAUUAUCACCACCCCACUCUUUUCCUUCUGAAGUCUCAGUCACUCCUCCACCUCCAUCAUAUCCAACCUCCACGCCAUUGCCCCACGUUACUGUAUCUCCUAACUCAAUUGAUAUAUCUUCUACUCCGUUUAAUUUUAGGCCUACUGUGCCACCAAUUACUGCUGCAGAAGCUUCACCGUCUUCCAUUCCUUACGAUUACGACUCUUCAAAUACUAACACAAUUGAUGAUGGUUAUUUUGCAAGUGACAGUACACCAUACAGACGAUUUGAUGUGUUUAAUCCCAAUUCAUAUAGACAUGCCGAUGACUGGUUAAGAAGACAACGACCUAAAGUUAGACUUGGCGAUGGAUAUACACCUCAAUUCCCUCAAUAUGACGGAAUCGCCUUCAGACAAAACGGCUUUAGAUAUUAUUUACCCAAACAGUACCAUGAAGAAGAAACGGGGAGCUCCCAUGACCGAACUGGAAGCUUCGGUUACAUAGAUCCGUUUGGUAUUCGCCGCGUCAUAUAUUACAACACUGCUCCCGGCGAAGGCUUUCAAAUUCGUAAAAACAACAGAUAUGUUGGACAUGAUGCCACUCCUUAUGAUCCACGGCCCAUAGAUUGAUAUAAAUUAUCUGUAGAAUUAUUGUUAUUAUCUACAAUAGUGUUAAAAUUGAAGUUACCUAAUAAUUUAUUAAUCAGUAUUGCUAGUUCAUGCGAAUGUAUUAUAGGAGACAUAACGAUUUAUUUACUCGAACGAUGCGAAUUCUUAGCCACUACUUAAUUUUACAUUGAGUACUUUGUUUAGCAUAUUUAGAACAAACGAUGCUUAUUUAGAUAAUAUGUUAUAUAUUCAUAUCUUUAACAUUUAGGUAGGUGUAUUA